AUGGAAGCUUUGUCGCGAACAGAAUAUCCUGCGAUACUGGAGCGCCUGACCCCGAAAGCCGUGUCCGCAGAAGUCAAUGAGCGUGUGAAGAGGAUUGGCAAGCUCAACUCGGAGGUUGCGGAUUGGCUUGCCGAACGCCGGAAGGUCGAGGAAGCAUAUGUUGCAGGUCUGCGGAAGCUUGCGAGGAGGCCACUGCCAGAAGUAGGGCAAGAUCUCGGGGUCUUCGAUACACCGUGGAAGAAGAUUGCCUCUUCGACUGACGAAAUCGCCAGAUCACACGCCAUGCUUGCGGACCGGAUAAAUAAUGAAGUCGAAUUACAACUACGUAACUUCCCGACGAAAAAUCGCGAGAUGGCAGAGUUUCCCACGAUACAAGGCAAUUUAGGAGCCAUGGCCAAAGAGCUAGAAGAUGCGCAAAGCAAAUCCGAAAAAUUGAUGCAGAGGGGAGGCAAGGCCAGUGCUUAUAAAGUUGAAGCUGCUGCUGCAAGGCUGCAGACAGCAUCCACGCAAUGGAACAACCAAGCACCUUUCAUACUCGAAACGCUGCAAUCUGUGGACGAGGGCCGGCUCAAUCAUCUGCGGGAUGCCCUUACCCAGUAUGAAACACAAGAGAUGGAUAACCUCAACAGGUGUCAAAGCAUCGUGGAGAGCGCCCUGGGGGUCAUGGUAGAGGUUGAUACGUCGAUCGAGAUUCAAAGUUGGGCACAAACUGUUGUUUCUGGCAAGCCUGUUGUGGAGAGAAGGCCUGCGGGAAGACAAGGAUUCGUGACAGGAAAUGCUAUGACUGGAAAUACCAAUAUGCCUCCAUCGAUUCCUGCUGCAACAAACACCGAUAAUCGAAGCGAGCAUUCUGGAAAGCAAGAGCAUGAAAACACCGAAUCGAGCCUGGAGUCAAAGUUCAAGAGGGGGUUUGGUACCAUCAUGGGCCGAAGACGACAAAGUAUCAGCGGUUAUGGACGUACCCCCUCACCCAACAUAGGAUUUCCGCCAUUCGGUAAUCGCAGUUUGGCAAGCAGAGAGGGCCGUCCAAGUCCAUCCCCUCGAGGUUCGGCCAACAAUUUGCGAGACUUGACGGCACCUGACAACCGACUUUCUUCACUUGCAGAAGCUUCUUCUCCGCCUCGUAGCCCCAGAUCCCAGGCGAACGGCCACAAAAACACUGUAAAUCCCCAAUCGCAAUAUUUAGCAGACAGCUUUGAUGGCACCUCAUCUCAUGCGCCCAAUGGCUCUAAUUCCUCAAAUGUGCCGGAUCUAUCAAAUGUUCAGCCGCCCCCUGGCCCUCCUCCAUCCGACUCAGUCGCUGUUCCCGAGAAAGACUCAGAGGGGUUUUCCGUACCUGUCACUAUGAAUGACCCAAUAUCCCAAGCACAGCAGGAGGCGGCCGCAGACGUUGAGCAACAGCAAUACAAUGUUGACAUUCGUCCAGAGCCUAUACCGGAACAAGACGCAGACGCUCAAGCUGCCUUGGCCAACGUUGCUAAUACACUCAAAUCUGCGAACAUGCCGAGCCGCUCCACCGGUACCAUUAGGGGUCGAAGAGACGUUCGAAACACCGUGUUUGUGCCUUCGACAUCGAAAUCUCUCGAGGUGUCAAGCCCGAACAGCUACUACCCUCCUUCUCCCAACCUUGCACCUGUUGGCCGAGCUGCUGCUCUUGCGGCUCUGUCAACUAGUCAUCACGCAAGCGCUCCAAGUGUUUCCGAUACCAUCUCAAUCCGGUCUGGUCAUUCGCUAACAACCAAGCCUAUUACCAAGCACGAUGAGCACAAUGAGCCUGGCUUGCAUGCUUCGAUAAUUGAAACCAUAAGCGUGACCCUUGAGAGUCUUAAAGUCAAAUCGGUGAAGAUUGUCGGAGAGAUUGCGUUGAUUCACAACAAAAUCUCCGAUGAUACCUCAGUUCCAGCGAAAGAGACUAUCCGUAUAGAUAACUUCCCGAACAUGGAAGCCAUUGCAGAAGACAAAACAUUUGUUCAUCGUCUCGAUGAGCAGAAGCCGGAUGAGUUCAUGAUCGACCUUGCUCAUGUCUCGGCAAAGCCAUCCAUCGCAUUCACAUACCGAGUCCAUGUCGACGAGCAAAACAUGGAAGCACAAGCGCCCAUUCAAUUUAGGCCUGGAUGGAAGACUGAUGGAAACAAACUCUUGAUGGUUUUCCAUUACGGUCUUAACCCUGCCUUCAGCUCUCAACCUGUCGCUUUUAAGAAUGUUGUUUUGAUUGCAUAUUACACAGGUGCGCGGGCUACCGGUUGCCAAAGCAGGCCCAAUGGAAUCCAUUCAGCAGCAAAUUCGCUCAUCUAUUGGCGUCUUGGCGAUGUCACUCUGGACAGUACCACGCAAAAGGUUAUCUGCAAAUUAUCCGGGGUCGAAGGAGCCAUGCCAGAACCAGGACACCUCGAGAUUCGGUGGGACAUGAUUAGUCCUGUAGACUUGCCGUUUAGCAGCGGUAUCAGCAUCUCCAAACUCGACCUAGGUGAAGGAAAGGAGAAGGUGGAGAACGACGACCCCUUUGCAGAUGAGAGUAUUGCAGGCGCCUCGCCCGUGACCCCGGAAAGCAGCUGGACCGUCGUUCCUGCGAUGAAGAAGUUGGCGAGUGGUAAAUACGAGGCGAGAUAG